GGGCCGCCGCCGCAACGUGCCGCGGCUGCGCCGACGCGCGAGCGCCGGGCAGCGCGGCGGGCGCGCUCAGUCUGGCGGCGGCGGCCGUGCGCGAACGGACGUGCCCGGAGCACCGCAGCCGCCCAGCCGCCCAGCCGCCCAGCCGCCCAGCCACCCGCGGCCGCCCCGCCGCGCGAGCCGCACCGCCCGCCAUGGUGUCAUGGAUCAUCUCCAGACUCGUGGUGCUUAUAUUUGGCACCCUUUACCCUGCAUAUUAUUCCUACAAGGCUGUGAAAUCAAAGGACAUUAAAGAAUACGUCAAAUGGAUGAUGUACUGGAUUAUAUUUGCACUUUUCACCACAGCAGAAACCUUCACCGACAUCUUCCUCUGUUGGUUUCCGUUCUAUUAUGAACUGAAAAUAGCAUUUGUAGCCUGGCUGCUGUCUCCCUACACAAAAGGCUCCAGCCUCCUAUACAGGAAGUUUGUGCACCCCACGCUGUCUUCAAAAGAAAAGGAAAUCGACGAUUGCCUGGUCCAAGCAAAAGACCGAAGUUACGAUGCCCUUGUGCACUUCGGGAAGCGAGGCUUGAACGUGGCGGCCACAGCAGCAGUCAUGGCUGCCUCCAAGGUGGCUCGACUCUUUCAUUUUGUCUUCUCUUGGGACCUCAGUGAAGGGCAGGUAACCCCGUUGAGAGGUGUGACUAACUCCAAACUGAUCCGGUGGGGUAGAGAAACCAGCUGCCCCCACCACCCACCAGCGCGUGGUCCGGAUCAGAGCCAGGGACAGGGUGCCUUAUCAGAGAGACUCCGGAGCUUCAGCAUGCAGGACCUCACCACCAUUAGGGGAGAUGGCGCCCCUGCUCCCUCAGGCCCUCCACCACCCGGGUCUGGGCGGGCCGGUGGCAAGCAUGGCCAGCCUAAGAUGUCCCGGAGUGCUUCUGAAAGCGCUGGCAGCUCAGUGUGUACCUGCUGCUCCACCUGCAGGACCAGGAAAGUGGUUGAGGGAGAUGUGAAUGAGGGUGGUGUGAAGGCAUGGGAGCCCCACCGGGUCCAAAACCCGUUGGCCUUUUCUGAUGAUGAGGAGGAAGACCUGCUGGAUUUCAUGUACAAGUAUAAGGCAACUCGAAAGACGGAGUUCCCCCUGGAGGCACCGCCUAGAAUCCUUCGAUCUCGCUUCAGGAAAAGUACCUCAUCCUCAGCCACUGAAACCACGUGAAUGAGAUGAGCCAACAGCACCAGAUACACAGAAUGUUUUUUCUCUGCCUUAAAGAGCUAUCACUUACUAAAAACAUAGACAUCUGCCAGCUGGUGUGCUUAGAGUGUGCAGCCUCAGUCACGGCCUUUUCUCUCCCCUCUUCCACUUUUAGGAUUGCUGUUUUUUCCUUUUCUUUAUUUUGCUGGGGAGAGGCUAAAGGGAAGGUAGUGUGUGUGUAGGGUGUGACCCUUCAGUCUUCUGAGGUUAUUUUCCACAAUUGGAUUGCCAUUAGACAGCAAUGUUUUUAGAAUAUAGAAGAAUUACCUGCCCUCCCCCCGCCGAGAUGUACAUUUGUAAUUUAUUUGUUGCAUACUUCAUUUUUAGUCCUGUAAAUGCAAACAAAGCAAUUUUUUAGAACUUUUUUUGUUCUUUUUGGGGGGUACUAAUACUUUGGACUACAGUGUACAUAUUUAUUAUGGCUUUUGGCUUCAUUUAAUAGACUUGCAAGGGCUGCCAGAGGUUCUGAUAAUGUAGCAAAAACAGAAGCGUAAAAAGUGUUUUUGGUUCUAGAGAAUGUCUUCAAUUGUGCUUAUUAGGAAGCUUCCCAAUACAGCUCCGGUGCAGUGUCCUUUUCCCUGCAGGACCACGGUCCGUGUCCUUCAGACGGUCCUUUAGUCAGUGUGCCAGAGAGGUGCAGACCAGAGAGAGUGCGUGCUCAGUGACGGAGACGGGCGUGACGAGGCCAGGGACACAGUCCAGAGGAAGAAAAGAGUCACAGGAAGCUUGUCUUCCCCUUGAACUCUGGUAGAGGGGCUUCUGAAUCCUUUCGGGAGGGUUACCAUUUGCCUCUGGCAGGUGGCUCACCCUUGGUAAAACCUUCUGGGGAUGUGGACAGAGCUGUUUGUGAGGAGCCAUUUAAAUGUUUCAAAAGUUCUUGACCAACGACUAUUUCUCCUUCAUAGUGACUGUGCUGUAACUCAUCUCCCCAGGCAGAGGGGUUUACAAUCUGAGCACCUCCUUCUAAAGAACACUAAGCAAAAACCAGCCAAUCAAACAAACCAAGACAAAACCUAGAACUACGCUCUCAGAUAUGCUCUAAAAUACAUCUGCCACCUGUGUAAUAUCAAAAGGCUGGGCUCUGGAAGGUUUUAGAGGUUGAGCUCUUCACGGAUAUCACUUGCUGCUCAGCUCCUGGGGCAGCUGUGGCUCCAACUCCUGUUCUUUUUCUUCCUCGUGCAGAAAGGGAACAGGAGGGAAGUCGCAUGCUCGUGGACACUCCAGGUCUUAAUGGGCAUUUCAUACAAGCCCAGAUCGCUUAGUAGGAGAAUGAAGCACUAUCCACCUAGACUGAGAAUUUCGUUAGAAGACAAUUUGGAUUAAAUAGCAUUUUGGAUGGAGGUGGCUGCUCUCCCCCUGGGGCACUGAGCCUAGAUGUAGGACUGUACAUUUGUGCUUAGAGUUGGGUGUUUCUUUCAGUGUAAUGCAUGCAGUGGUUACAACCCAGUUAUUAACAAAACUUGGACUGUGUUUGUUCAUAGAUGUGCCCUGAAGAUUAGAGAAUUAGUGUCACGUACCACACGGAACUCAGUCAACCAGUUGUAAAUAGGCCCAGCUGAAGGCCGUUCCCGUCAUUACUGAGCCACAUGAUGGCACAUCAGUGGUCUUUGCUGACAGCACAUCGGCUGGAUCUCAGCCACCUCAGAAAGGGUUCUACUUGAAGUUGUUACCAGAUAUGCUAUUUCCAUCCCUUCUUCCCAUAAUUACUCUGAAGGUGGCUUUGUAAUUUACAAAAGGAUUUAGGACAAUAAACCUAAAAGCAAACUUGUGAUUCAGAGGACAAAUAGAAGCUGUCUACUUGCUGUCUGCGCCUCACACCCACUAAUACUUGAACCUAUUUAGGGAAAACAAAAAUCUUUUCUUUAAGCUUACCGAAUAGUUUCAGACAGAGGAAAAAUACACGCUUUUGUACUUAUCUGUUAGUUGGGAGUACCCAGGAUUAUCAGAAACAAGUACAUAAGAAGCUUGUAAUUUAAGCAGCUUUAUAGCACCUUUUUUUGCCAAAAUAAUAAAUGCCUGUAGCUGUUACAGAUUAAAAUUCUAUUGUGUACAAGCUAUAUUUUCACUACUUCACAAUGGAAAGUUUUAACAAGUACAGACUAUCAAGUUUGCACUCAACUAUGCCAAAAACAAGUUUGAAGCUCUCUACUCUCAGACACGCUGUAUUACUUCUUGCUCAAGGUUCAGAAAACAAAGGUGUCCAAACUGCUGUCUUAAUGUAAAUGUAACUAUUUUUCCUUCAAGUGUUAAUUAGGGAGUCAGUUUCUCCCUUAAAAACACUCACUGUACAACUGAGAACAGCCGUCAUGUUCCUGGGAAAACGUUGUUUACUUAUCCAACAUGCUGUUGUGUAUGUGUAUGGACUGACACCAAAUGUGAAUGCCUCAAAGUGUACACGCAGUGGUGUGGUGUUCUGUCUAAACUGUUUUAAUUUGCUGACACACAGACUCAGGCUGCUUACAGAAGGUUAGCACGAAGUCUGUCCAGUCUCCCUGUAGUGACUUCCAGGUACCGGCCGCCGCACAGCGAUCUGUCUCCAAGGGGAGGCCUGGUGCUGUGCUUGUGCACUGGAGAGUGUAGUCACCACCCCCACUGGCUUUGUGUGAGUAGCUUGCUCGCUUCGCUGGCCUCUGAAAUGUGUUCCCUGCGGUAAACUGUCUGUUUGUGAUAGCAGUGCUUGUCCACCACGACCGCCACCAAGCACCUGCCUAGUUCCUCACCUUGCAGUGUUUGAAACGGUAAAGGAUGUGCUUCGUUCUCAAACAGCUGACAUGCUGGACUGUGAUGUGCGUAUCUCCCCUAGUUUAGCUCUGUAGACCCCAUAGAACCAUCUGUAAUAAAACAACAUACUGGACUGUGCGUCAAGGGGUGUAAAAUCAUGAUUCCAAAGGUUGAAGUUCUGCUGUUUUGUUAUAAUGCUUGAUAUAUAUCUUGAAUAAAGUCUUAACAUUUUUCUUUUAAAAAAUGCCUUUGUAAUGUUGGGCUUAUGAGCAAAGAGAAAAUACUUAAAGAAAAAAUGUGGAAGGUCACCCUGGCCGGGUAGCUCAGCUGGUUAGAGCGCUGCCCUGAUAUGUGAAGGCUGCAGGUCGAAUCUCUGGUCAGGGCACAUACAAGACCCAAUCAGUGAAUACACAACUAAGUGGAACAACAAAUCAUUGUCUGUCUCUUCCUUGCUCCCUCUCACUCAAAAAUCAAUACAUAAAAAUGUUUAAAAAAUGUAGAACAUUGCAAGGAUUAUGAGCUGAAUGCUCAGCCACCAAUAGGUUUGGUGCCUGGUGACC